UUCCUCAGAGUUGUCCCUGGGAGAAAGAGUAAAACUCUUGAAGUUUUACUCACCUGCAUCGCUCGGAACAGUGCUGGAGUUGCGACUAGCAGUAAUGCAUCUCUUCAUAUAGCAGGUAGUGGAUUUAAUUUGACUCAUUACAUCAUGAGUUUUAUUAUUACAUGACUCUUUGAAAUGCUUGAUUUUUAUUGGUCAAUUGUGGCAAUUGGCUGUCAAAUACUUGUAUAUAAUGUCCACUAAACUGUAACAUUGACAGUUGUUCAUGGCAAGCUAGUGUCAUGAUUCUCGAAUCACUCUGCGGUCUCUUUCCUCUCACAUACUGAACAUAAUUUAAACUCAAACCAACUCAACUCAAAUACAUUUCAGUUUAUUUAUUAAUUAUUUUUGGUUUUAUCUAUUUAACUGUGCAAGAGGUGGGAUAAUGUACCAUCAAACAGUUAGUGACCAUGUUCACAUGCAUGAUCCUGCACUGAUUUUGCUUAAACCUAAAAAAAGUUUUCCUUUAUUGGGUUAAAGUCAUAAACAGUUUAAGCAACAAAAAAACAUAAUAGAUUUUUGCGUUGCAUCUAAACACCUAUACCGGCUUUCUUACCAGCUUAUCCAAAGUGCGCAAGUGAUGUGCGCAUGACUGGGGAUGUUUUGACAUUAAAAGCUGAGAUUAACCUUAUGAUUUCAAAACACAUUUUCCUGCAUUGUUAGAUUUUUUAAAUUAGCUGAUUUUUGGUAGUUAGAAGUGUAUUGGUGUGCAUGUAAACACACUAUUUAUUUUACAAAAUAAACCACUUCAGGGUCAUAUAAAACCAAUCUGCUUCAGUUUAGGUUCCUAAUCUUGCGCUUAUGAUCAGCUGACCAUAUUUUAUCAUAUUAGCACCGGUAAAAGUUUGCAGUUGUAAAUGAUCAUUGCGGAGUGGUGCGCUUUGGAUAAAAGCAUCUGCCAAAUGCAUCUAAAUGAUCAUCUACCUUCCUUCUAUGCAUUCCUAUGUACUUUAACAUGGUUGAGCCUGACAGACCCUGAUAACAAUCAGUUGCCCAUAAAGAGCUACUUAAAUACUUAAGACGAACCAGAGGGUGAGGAAGCCUAUUAAGAUGAUCUAUGAGAUUGCUGGAGCUCAGAUGUCAAAGUUUGCCUUCCUCCCCGAAACAAACAAUAGACUAAUUGAGCUUUGACAGCACACUGUGUUUGUAGCCCAAACAGAAUGUGCAUUCCACAGCAGUGGAGCUAAUUGAGACAUUAAAUCAAUUGUUGCACACAAUGACAUUGUGUUUUGUUAAUAUUGUUCCCCUUCUGUCACUCACUCGACGUUGUGUCGAAUGAAGUGACACAAGGGGUCUUCCUGGGACGCCAAAGGUACCUCUGAACCUGAGAAAAGGUCAAUGUCAAGUUGGCAGACAGAAUUUGCAUGCCCCGCCACGGACAUACGGGUAUGUGAGAACAUGAGCAUGGCAGCAUUGCAUUAUCUUGAAGGCUUUGAGUUUCUGUAUCGGUCUCUUCUGCCAGCCAGCUCUGACUGGACAGCUCUAAGGGUUCCUCAGCCAAAUCUUCACACUCACGUUGGACCGCUUAAGAGAGGCUAUAAGUAUGAGUUUAAAGUUCGACCCUACGGCAGCAGCCUGUAUGGCCGAGAGAGCAACACCAGACCCUUACGAGUACAAGAGAAAGGCCCCAGUGCACCACCUGAGGAUAUCUCCAUAACAAUGCCCACUGACCGUAAUGACACUGUCCACCUGAGCUGGGAACCCCCACCUUAUGAGGCUCAUAAUGGGAUCAUUCAGGGAUAUCAGGUGUGGUGUGUGGAAUCUGAGGAGCUAAAGUCUUUGAACUGGACUCUGGAAAGUGGAACACACAGUCUUGAGAUCAGUCCACUGCAGCCCGGCAGGCUGUACUGGGUCACAGUGGCUGCCGUUAACAGGGCAGGAGUGGGGCUUCAGAGCGACCCCCACAAACUGCUCAUAGGGUUCAGGCAGGAGGUGACACCUUAUCAAACAGGCAUUUGCAUUAUGUCUCAUAUCCUCGCAGUGAUUAAAGAGCCGGUGUUUAUCGGCAGUGUUGGCACCCUCCUGUGGUGUUUUUUGAUGAUUACAGCUGUGUUUCUGUACAAGAGACAUGUCAAAUCUGCCAAGCCGGAAGGCAAAAGCUCAGGUUUGUGUAGACUGGAAUGUGACGACCUCAUCAUCAAACACAGAAUGGUGGCACCAGACUCUCCAUGGAUCUCUGGAGGCUGGAGGCCAAACUCAAGCAGUGAGCCCAAGCAGAGCUUUUGGACCCCGAACCAGGAGAACUUUGGCUUCCGGAGAACCACUCUGCCCAUAACUGCUAGAAAGGACUCCAACCCCCUGCGGUCAGCCGUCCCCUUCGUACCAGACAAUUGUGGCGUCAACGGCACCUUUUAUUUGGAUCUAACCGGGAAUGGGAUGAAGACGUUUAAUAGUCCAGGACGAUGUCCCAAAAUGCCAAAUGGCAACUCUCAGCUGCAUAACUUGGAGACGGUUUGCAUCACUGAGCCCAUCGUCAAAAGGGUGCAGGCGUUGCCAUGGAAACAUGCCCUCCCUUCCCAGCCCAGUAUGGGAGUUCUAAAAGAAUCCUGGGAGAAAAAUUAUAAACUAGAGUUGCUUGCUGUGAAAAGUGCCCCUUUAAUGCCCAUGCAACAACAAGCCCUGGCAGUGUGCAGUAUGCCGGGUAACCAUCAGCAAAAAUUCAGUCAACACCCAGCAGUGAUGUGUCUUAUACAUCUGGCCUCUCUGACCUCUUAUUUUCUGGCUCGUGUCGCAUGAUGCCAUAGCCUCAGUCUGCAGUGACAAGGAUCUUCCUGUCUGAGUCCUGACAGU